AUGAACUUGGGACCCAGGCCCGUCGCCAGACUCUGUCCCGGACGUCGGCUCCGCUGUUGCUGCACCCCGCUGGCUCGAGCAGGGCCCGAAUUGCGCCCUGGCUCGGAGGGCGCCCGGCUCCCCGACCUUCCAUCUCUGGCCAGCGGAGGCACUCGUUCAGAGGGCGGCUCUGGGAUGGCGCAGAAGAGGCCCACGGCGAGGGAGGUGUUCUGGGGCAUGGUGAGAGAGAAGCAGAGGCCUUUCGCCGACAGCUCGAACGCGGAUGAGGAAUCGCACGAGGGUGCCAACGACUCCUCCAUGCUCAAGCGGGACAGCAUCUCCCACGAGGUCAUGCUGCUCGCCGUGCAGUUCUGGCUCUUCGCCGGCCCGGUGCUGCUCGCCCUGGCGUGCCUCGCGGCCUGGCACGUGGGCGAGCCGGUCGCUGGCCUUCCACGCCGUAUCUUCGAGGACUUCUUUGGGCCCUUCGGAGGUGUCUACGAGAUGCGCGGUCCGCCGCUGAUGAGCAGGGCGAGGUUCGAGCAGCCAGAGAAUGUCGUGCACAGAGCCCUCUUCAGGGACGACAGCGCCAUCGGCUGGUCUCAGGACGUGGGCAUCUGGGUCUGGAAUUGGGGCGCUCGCUCUUUGUGGCAGGGAGGCAUCUUCAGCAGAAUUGUAGCGGUGACCUUGGCCGCUUGCUUCUGGGCUCCGUGGUUGGUGGCAUUCGCCAGCAUCCCGCAGCUCUCCUUUCUGGCCGCGCCCUCGCUGAUGCCUGCCGCAGUGAAGGGCGCUUACUUGCGACGCUUCCCCGCCUGCCUCCUGACACUGGACCAGCUGAUCGCCGCUCACAAGCAGUAUGGCCGCCAGCUGCCGGAGGUCUACCAGGCAGAAGUGGAGAGCUACAACAGCAAGCUGGAAAGGUACGACACUCAAGCCGAAGCUGACGGGGAUCCUGCCACGAUUGAGACGGGUGAGGUGAAUGGCGCCAGCCGGCGGCGCCACCCAGGCCAGUAA